AUUUUUUCAUUUUCUUAAUGAACCUGAAUGUUUGCCCUUUUUAACUUUUAGUACUCACUAUCUCAUGUCAUAUAUUUUGAUAGUUACAACACAUCAGGCUAAUAUCAGUAUCUUUGCCUGGCUGUUUGCAUUAAAGUGGUGCAGCGGCACGCGUAGGGGAGACGGAUCAAGAUAUUGCAUAUUUGUAUUGAAAUAGUGGAAAAUUGUUUCUGGACAACUUUUUAUAUAUUUCACAAUUCAAACAGAUUUGUUAAAUUGUAUUGGGUGUGAGAUUGUCUGUGCUGGACAGAGAAUUGUGGUAUGUCUUAAAAAAUAAAAUGUCUGAGCUGUUUCACAAUCCCACGCCUUGGUUUGGCGUGUGGCCAUGCAUAAUGAAAGAUCCACUUGCAAGUGUUUGUUCAGUGUUUGGAUUUCAAUGGCAGGUAACGCAUAUAACUGGUAAUACGUGAUGGCCGUGCCAACAGAGCCUGAUAACUUUCACGUGGUAAAAUAAAUACAACAUCAAGUCUGACAUCAUUGCUAUGUCCUGGCAAAUGUGCAGAAAACAUCAUUACAUUUGAAACGAAAAAAGGGGUCAUAUGCAUGUACGCCGAUGUGCAAAGAGAGAGAAGAGUGUUUUGUGUUUGUGUGUUUGUCAUAGGCGUGUAUUCACAAGGAUGCACAAGAGUUAUGCUUUAUAUGCAGGCGUGUGUCUUCAGUGAUAAUGUCAUUGCUUGCAGGAAGCUUGUGCAAGGGUUUCUUUUUUGAUCAUUUAAAUAAGCUGAUAUACAACAAUAUAGUUUGCACUGUUGUUAUGCUGCCAGUGCCCCUGUUCAGCGACAUUUUUGGGAUUCAACACGUUUUAAACUCCAACAACAGACAUUCACGUCACAGCGAGAAAUAUUCCUUUGUUUGUGAUAACCUUUAUUUUGUCAGGGCUUUCAUUUCAUAUUCACUUUCAGAUGAGGUGGAAUUAUUUUUGCACAAGCAGGAAUACUUCACCCACAUAAGUUUGGCCUCAUGCAGUAAACAAGUUAGUUGAUUGGUUUUGCUUUAUAUACGGUGAUUUAAUAAGGAAAACAUCAACGUAAGCCAGUCCGAGCAGUGUUGGUGGUACCAAUGCCAUGCUUUCCAUUGGUUCCUGUUUACAUGAUGCCCACAGGACACGCCGUGAUUGGUGGCGCUUCACACGUGACCAGGCAACUUUGUACAUUUGACAGGGAGUAGGAGGGUUUUGUGGAGAUCAGAAAAACGACAGCGCGAUAAAAAUUAGUAUUGUUGCACUUCACAAAUUAAUGACCAUGAGUUCCUACUUGAUAAACUCCAACUAUAUCGAGCCUUCCUUUCCUCCAUGCGACGAAUAUCAGCAGAGCGGAUACAUCCCCAACGCUGGUGAUUACUACGAGCGGCCAAAAGAUACGGGCUUCCCCCAUCACGAAGAACCAUCCUAUCCGAGGUCAAACUACACAGAAACGGGAUACGAUUACGGUAACGUCCCUGCUACCGGACUCGAUGAUUUCGGGGAUGGGCAUCACGCACAGCCGCAGCCGGUUCCACAGAGCCACGGUCCUCGCCUCUCCGCGGCCCCAGACGGUGGCGCAGGGGAAAAUGCCAGCAAAGACUGCAGCCUCGCCAGUGAGGCAUACCCCGGCGUAGCGAAGGGCAAGGAGCCAGUGGUCUAUCCGUGGAUGAAAAAGGUCCACGUUAACAACGUCAAUCCCAAUUACACUGGAGGAGUGCCCAAGAGGUCCCGCACUGCAUACACCCGCCAGCAGGCUCUGGAGCUGGAGAAGGAGUUCCACUUCAACCGGUACCUGACCCGGCGCAGGCGGGUGGAGAUUGCGCACACCAUGUGUCUGUCCGAGCGCCAGGUCAAGAUCUGGUUUCAGAACCGGAGGAUGAAGUGGAAGAAGGAGCACAAGCUUCCCAACACGAAGAUCCGCUCCUCCAGCUCGGCCUCGUCCUCAGCCUCGGGGCCCCAGCAGCAGCAAAUCAAAACAGGCCAGCAGCUUGUCCCCACGCCGUGCACCGCAGGUCUAUAGUGCUGAAAUUAACCCCGUACCACAAAACCCAAUCCAGACUGAGAUGGCAAAUAUCACAAGUGGAAUUUGAUGGACCGAUUCUCAGUAUUUUACACACAUGGUGUUAUCUAUUUCACCUUGCCUCUGCCAUUGGGCCCCUGUCACGUCCUUUGUACCCUUUCCCUCUCCUGUCGUCCUCGCCCUCUUCAUAUAAGCUUGAAAUUCACCUUUUAUUGCCACGGUGGCCACUGAAGUGUUUCUAUAUUUGUUUAUUAUUAUGAAAGAAGGAUAACGCACAUUCAAAUGUAGGAUCAAUAUGUAUCAUUACAGUUAACAUUCAGUGAGGUAAACAGUAUUUUUUCUAUGUUCUCUGAGUAUUUUAUUUUCAUUAUUUUUUUAUUAUUGCUCAUGGAAAGCUCUAAUAUACUUGAAAGAUAUUUAGCGAGACUCUAGAUGCCUGUUAGAAAACCAGACGGCUGAUUUAGAGGUAAGGCAUCAGUCAGAGUAACAGUGUUUGUGUGUUUGAGUGGGUUGGUUUACUGUUGAAUAUAGUCCAGGUGACAUUCACAUUUAAUGUACAUAGGCAGAUCAUAAUGAAGGCACAAUAAGGAAAGCAUUUCGUCAAGUAGAAUUAUGUUUGUUGGUGUUGUAAAGUCUAGGUUUAUUUGUGCUAGUCCGUCCCAUGUUGUGCUGUGUUCUAAACUGUGAAUAUUUGUAUGUGUUGUCCCAGUAUUGUGGUUGUGAUGUAGGCUAUAGUGUAGGUUCAAUGUGUCCUUGUGAAAUAAAUAUGUACUUCACUUAA